UAUAAUAUACAACGGUUGACGAGUGCGUAGCGUCCGCUGUCUUUAUAAAGUAAGAACAGAGUGACAAUUAACGCGCCAAUAACAUAAACAUCUAACUUUUUUUGUUGUUCAUAAAGUGAUUUACACUCAUACGGAGAACUUAUUUUAUAUUUAUAAAACACAGUGAAAACGUUGUUGUUAUUUCAAGUGCUGUGAUUCCACGUGCCAGAUUUAAAAUACGUUCUACGAUGGAAAAAUGUAAAUUUUAUGAAUAUAAUAUGAACAUCUCAUUUCGAUGUUUAUUUAUAUUGUGAAGGAAAUGUCAUUAUACUCAAUGAUGUACGAAAGUACGUGUUCGUAUCAAAGUGCGUUAGACCUGAAAAGGGUGGCGAUGUCAUCACCGCCUAGCAUAAAAACAGAAAACGACUGUCUUCCUGCUACUACUCCGCAAUGGCCAUCGGUAGGAGUGGCUAGUUGUGCUUAUAGGUUUGCUUGUAAUUCCACGUUUGAGCAACUCAAACAGUCAGUAGAAAAGGCAAAAGCCGCAUUACAGGAUCGCGGAAGUUACUUAUCAUCGUGUGACCUAGGUACAUCACCUUUCUGUCCAGCAACACCGUCAUCCAGGACGUCGGUGUCCACUCAUCCAACUACCAAUUCACUCGAUUUAUUCCAGGAUGAACAAAAUAAUACUGACAAAAGAAACAAUUACAUUGAUUCAUCAAAUAGCAGAUACGAUAAAAGCUCUGGAUUGAUGCAUUUACCAUCGUCUACUUCAAACGGUUUAUCUUCUGUAGGAAAAUCAUCGUCGUAUUUGCCAUCUUCCAUAUCAGAUUCAUUUAGAUCGUCAUCUAAAUCAGAUACCCACUAUAAAGGAUCAUGGAGUACACAUUCAUCAGGGCAAACACAAGAUCCAUAUCAAAUGUUUGGAGCCACCAGCAGUCGAUUAGCUAGCUCUGGUUCUGGUCAAAUACAACUGUGGCAAUUUCUGUUGGAAUUGUUGUCUGAUAGCAGUAAUGCAGCAUGUAUUACGUGGGAAGGUACGAACGGUGAAUUUAAGUUAACCGACCCUGACGAAGUAGCUCGUAGAUGGGGUGAAAGGAAAUCCAAGCCAAACAUGAACUACGACAAAUUAAGCAGAGCAUUGAGGUAUUAUUACGACAAAAACAUAAUGACGAAAGUUCAUGGAAAAAGGUAUGCGUAUAAGUUCGACUUUCAAGGGUUGGCAGCAGCUACUCAACCAGCUGCUGCAGAUCCGUCUGCGUACAAAUAUCAAUCAGAUUUGUUCAUGACAACCUAUCAUCACCAUCACCAUCAUUCUCCAAAAUUAAACUUCAUGUCACCUCAUGCGCCUGGAAUAACGUCUACAGCAGGUAGCAUAUUUCCAUCAGCGUCGUCAUACUGGACCAACCCAGGUGCCAACCUCUACUCGAACAUUGCCGCUGCGUCGGCGUCGCAUUCGAUGGGUCACCAUCACCACCACCCAGGUGCAAGCACCGGAGUCAGCCACCACACGGGAGUCUCACCGCACUUGGCCAACUAUUCGCAUUACGCGUCACCAUGACCAUCGGACGUGCACUGGGCCGCCAGGUCGCUGCCCGGCACCACCACGGCCCGGCCGCCGCCACAUCCAUACAAGCCCAUCGAAUGAACAACCCCUAGACACCAUUUAUGUGGUUAAUUUAUCUCAGCAUUCAUUCGUUAUAAUAAGCGGGCAUAAACGUAAAUCCACUUUCAAACCGUUCUACUAAAUCGUACCACAUGUAGGAAUAACGAUAAUAAUAAUAAUAAUAAUAAUAAUAAUGAUAAUAAUACAAUAUAAUUAUACAACAGAGACUCGGUUUGGAACUACCGGGAGUGGAGAAAAGGACCUACAAAAACGCAUGUUAAUUUCUUUGUCCGCAAACAGAUUUUAAUUGUAAAAAUACCCUUAAUCUGUGCAACCGCUAUGUGUUGAUAGUUUUAGUGUACCUAUUAAAGGAGUUCUUAUAAAAAAAAAAUUGACGCAAACCACCGGCACACACACACACAGGUUAUGAGCUCGUGACAAUCAACUCGUAUCAACACCGUACACCGGCACAAAAAUAUUAACUAAAAUUUCUCAUGUUGAAUAUACCCAUCACCGAUCGGCGAUCAUCACCAAAACAAUAAUUUUUAUUUUUAUGUAAAACUACGUACUCCCCAGUGCAUACACAGAUAGGCCAUUAUUACACGUACUAUUGCUACUUUUAGUUUUAUCGGUCAGUUUUUAGGAUUUUAAAAACAAUGCAUUUUAUUUAGCUGGUUAUGUGAAUAUGAUACUGUUUUUACUUUUUAGGCAAAAAUUCUUAAUUGUUUACUAUUUAUUAUUGUUGUAACGUUUUUAAUUUGUUAACCUUUUUUUAUUAUCAACUCAUAUUUGUAACUAUAAAUUUCACUAACCUAUGCUAACCUAACCUAACAAACAAUUGACUGAUAAAAUGGGUAUAGUAUAUAAAUCAUUUGAUACUGUAUGUUACGUGUUAUACAGCCGGUGAUAAUUCUAUUCAAGUACAAACUUAUACAUCCUUAUUUCAUCCUUUAACAAUAUUAGUUUUAAAAUAUUACAUACAUAACUCUCCAGUCUCCACAAUAAGAAGCCGACUUACUAAUGUACGUAUUUUUAUUGAAAAAUAAAAUAUACACCUACUGUACUAAAAUAAUCAUAAAAUAAAUAUAUUUAAAGACGACUAGUACAAACAGAUUUUUAACAAAAGUAUUAUUAUUUUAUUUUAUACAAACAAAUUUAAAUGCUUGCAACUAUAACAAACUGAACACUCAGGUAAAUUAUUUUAUAUCAAAGAUGUAUAUUGUAUAUAAUGAUAAUAUGUAUUAAAGAUUUGUUCCGUAUAUCAAUGAAAAACCAAAAUUAUUAUUCCAAUAGCAUUUACAAGUACAAAAUGUUAAUAUACCUACUAUUAAUUGUUAUUUCCUAUUUAUCAGAAUACUUUAUUGGAAUAUCAAUAUUAUUUGACACUUUACAACAAUUAUUUUAGUCAUUUUGUGAUUAAAACUGGUAAUUCAGAUCUCGUUUCUUCAUAAACAAUCCCCUAAUUUGUCUAAUUUAAAGUAUAAACAACAUUGUUUGUUAUUAUUAAAAAAUAAUAAAUAUUAACUCAUGAUGAUUGUACAAGUAUAGUACAACAUAUGUUUUGUUAGAUACUAAUGUAUAAGUUAUGACAAUCUAUCAUAGCUAGAUUAUUUAUAAAAAAAGUUUUAAAUUUCAAUGUAUUAUAACAUACUUUAUAUUAAGGAACUAAAAAUACUUAGCUUUGUGCUAAAGUAAAAGUAAAGUGCAAUAUACAUUAUUAUAAAUUUUUGUUUAUAGAUUUAAGAAUAUUUAGUUAGACGUUUAAUUUGUAUGAAUGUAAUAUUAAUCUCUGUACAGGCCUUAUACUAAUAGAAGGCAUUAAAACUAGUCUUAUACGCUAUUAUAUAUAUAUAUAUAUAUGAUCAUUACAUUAAUUAUAAUAGUAUCAAAAAUAAUACAAUGAUGACGUUACACAUUGUAAAUAUACAAUUCCACAUUGGAGAACAAAAUAAAACCAUUAUUAUACUGUGUUUUUAA